GGGGGGGGGGGGGGGGGGGGGGGGGGGGGGGGGGGAGUGAGAGGGGGGGAGGUUCGGUAUAUUAUAUUGUUAAGUUAACCGUUUUGUCUAAAGAGGCAGAGAAAGGAGUUCUAGCCAGAAGGGGGAGGGGGAGAGAGGGAAAAGAGAGGAUUAUUAUGGAGUAAAAUUAGAUCUCGAGUCAAGUCGGUCGGCGAUUCGCAAUGAUGCACGUCCCCCAAUGGAUCAUGACAUGGGGGGACGGAAGUGUGGAGGGGGCAAUGGUAAUCCUCAGCAUUAUAUCAUGGGUCAUCAACAUCAUCAUCGUCGUCGUCGUCGGUUGACUGCUCAGCUGUUCUGCAGCAGUACAUGGAUUGAUUUGCUUUUGACGUCAGGCCCGAAGCGCUGCGGUGGAGUUACGGCGUUUAAUUCCCUUCAGCAGGAGCAGCAGCAGCAGCAGCAGUCAUUAUGCCAACAGCCACACACCCACGAGGUACAUCUGGACAUCCGGCAUACGACGGAAGGUAAAGCAAUAAGAAGAAAAAAAAAUCAAAGACCAAAAAGAAAGCCCCAAAGAAGCCAAAAAGGUCAUGGUCAGGUCGCAUCAUCCGGGGGAAGAGUAUGUAAUCGACUCUUUUGGGAAGGGGGGAAAAGGGAAAACCAUUGGAACUCCUUUUUCUCUCCCUCGGGACAGUCCAGGUACAGUAAGUACACUUAACAGUAACCAAACUAUCAGGUCAAAAGUAGGCGACAAAAGCCGCAAAUGCCACCCCGAGUCUUGGCUCGGUGUCUGGACCGUCUGGAUCUUCGAUUCUUUCUAAUCGAUGGGGAGUGAAGAAAGACAAUCGGAUCAGGGGUAGCACAGUUAUGUACAGUACAAUGAAGUAUUAUUUCAAUAGAAAGAGCGCCCGCCGUUGUGAAGCGGAAGAAGUGCACAUCAACAUCAAUUAAAACCCCAUCAUGGAC